GUCAUAAGGGAACACGAGGUAAUAAGACAUGGAGAGAGGGCACCUGUGGACACCUAUCCAAACGAUCCUCAUAUCAACGACACUAUGGAACCAUAUGGCUGGGGUCAGCUAACAAAUGAGGGAAGGAAGAAUCAAUAUAAUCAAGGAUUAUUUCUACGAAAGCGUUACGGUGACUUCCUAGGCUCGUCGUACAAUCCUGAUAUAUUCUAUCUGCAGACCACCGCUGUAGAUCGCACAAAAAUGUCAGGUAUGGUGGAGGCUGCUGCUCUAUGGAAACCCAGCGAGAAGCAGAUGUUCAAAUCUGAUGUUCUUUGGCAGCCAGUUACAUUGUUCUACCAGGAACGUCAAGAUGACACGCUUAUGUUAGUGUGGAACACAUGUCCGAGGUACACACAGAUACGCUCUUCGGCAAACGACUUGCCGGAAAUUCAAAAGGUGCACGAGGACAACAAGCAAUUGUUCGCAGAGCUUUCGAACUUCACAGGCCUGUCGAUCACGACUGUUGAUGACGUUAGUUCAAUAUAUGCCACAUUGACAGCAGAGAAGCACAUGAAUUUGGACUUACCAGAGUGGACAAAGAACUACUAUCCCGAUAAAUUUAUCCCCUUGACUUUGCUCGAAUUACAGCUUAAUACAUACAACGACGAAUUUCGCAGGUUGAAAGGUGGUCCUAUGUUGAAGAAAAUCAUCAAUGACAUGCUGGCGAAGAAGGAAGGUGUCUUACAGCCUGAAAAGAGGAAAAUGUUUAUGUAUAUCGGUCAUGAUAGCACCAUUGUUACUUUGCUGGAUACAAUGCAUAUUUGGUACAAUCAGAUGCCUCACUACAACAUCAUGACGAUGAUAGAGUUGCACGAAGACGAGGAUGAAUGGAACGUUCAGGUAUUUCUAAGAAAUACAACAACACGCGAGCCGUAUCCGAUGACGAUACCCGGAUGCACCGUUGUAUGCCGGCUCGACAAAUUUAUAAAAAUCCUGAAGCCAAUGAUACCAGAUAACUGGGAAGAAGAAUGCAAAGUUGAUAGUAAUUAUACAACUCCACUUCCACCGCCUGCAUAAUUAUAGAAUUGACUCUACUGACUAUAUAUUGUUUUUUUAUUCAAAUAAUUUUUUAUAUUUACAUUGUAAAUAAUUAUUUAUAUCAUAGAUGUCAGAAGUUUUUCAUCUCGCAUAUCUUCACGUCAUUGUUCUCGAAAAUCCAAUUUAUUAAGAAGCAUAGUUAUCAUUUUAUUAAAAAGUAUAACUGAA